UGUGAAGUGUUUGAGUUAAAAAUAUAGGGGGUUUAUAUAAAAGAAAAAAAAAAAAAAAAGACGAGUAAAUAUGGGUGCUUUGCCUAAUUUGAAAACAGAAGAAGCAGCAAAAAGAGGCGCAAAAAAAUAAAAAGGGAAGAAGCAGAAAGAGGCGGUGUGUGUGAUUAGAGGAAAGCAGAGACAAGUGAGAGUGAGAGUGACUGGGAUGGAGAAUAGAGAGAGUGAAAUAAUUCACAUACCUAAAAAGCCUUCCUUUCUUCCUCACCUCCAACCCACUGUGAACGUGGUUGCUGCUGACAUUGAACCCAAAGAUGCCAAUAUUCUUGUCAGGAAGUUGAAUAAGAUUGCACCAUUGGGAAAUUUGCGGCAUGUGAAGCGUGUGCGCAAGAAGUGCAUUGAUGCAGGGAAACCUCAAUUAUCUCUGCUUUUAUCUAUGGCUGUUGAAAGUGAUGGUGAGUUUGAUCGCAUGCCAUAUGAGAUUCUUGAGCUUCUCAAAUCAUACCAGUUGAGUAUUUUCAUCACAAAAGUUUGCAAAUAUGCUGCAACAUCAAAAGAAGAAUGGGACGAACAGUGCAAGCUGUGGCCUACUUCCUAUCAUCCGCCAACCUACAACAUCAGUGGCAUAACUGGAUUUAGUGAAGAGGAGUCACAAUCAGUUUUCGGUUUCAUGAGACAUACCAUUGGUUUGGCAACAUCUUUUGUUGGUCAGGCGGUCAAUGCUGCCAUUAUCGUAGAUCCUUCAGCUAAGCAGGUAAUUGCUAGUGCGUGUGAUCAGGUAAUAUCCUCAGCCAGUUCCACAAAUGAGGUCAGCAAGGAAGGGACCUUCUCUAACUAUCUAGAAAACCUCAAAGCCUCUAACUUGGAAAACCAGCAAACAUUGCUUUUGGACGGUUCAGUUGGUGAAUUUAAACAUAUAAACGUUGCUUGUGUACAUCCUUGGCAAUGGGCACUGCAAUCGCUAAGUCCAAGCUCUGGUUGCUGGCAUCCUUUCCGGCAUGCCGCUAUUGUAGCCAUUGAAUAUUUUGCUGCCAGGGCUCGGCAACUUUUUCCUGAUUACAAACUUAAUGGAGAGGAUUCUAGAAAGGAGGACUGCACGCCGUCUCCUGUGAAAAGACAGAAGAUCAAGGAGUCUGACUUCCAAAGUAAUGGUCAUAGUUCUGAAUCACUCAGACCUUAUCUAUGCACUGGAUGUGACAUUUACCUGGCUUGGGAGCCAUGUGCAAUGUGCGCAAUGGCGCUUGUCCAUCAAAGAGUUAGACGGAUAUUUUUUUCUUUCCCAAAUUCCAAUGCUGGCGCACUAGGAAGUGUUCACAGAGUGCAAGGGGAGAGGAGCUUGAAUCACCAUUAUGCUGUUUUCAGGGUCGUGCUGCCUGAGUUGCUCAGGAAUAAAGUUAUGGAUGCAAAGACUGCUGGAAGUGGUUGAAACAGACACCUAAUCAGCUUUUGAAGAGGGUUGCAAUUCAAGUUACGCUGGCAAUCAUAUAACUUCGUAGUUGAUGCUUUCAGAACCAUGUAGCUUGUGUAGUCUCUCUAGCUUGUGUGGGUACAAUGAUCCGUUCCCUUUGGUGGGUAUUUUACCAAGUUCGCAAGCUAUAAUAUGCAUCAAGGAUGGACAAGCAAGCAAAUUCCUGGAAUUUGACAGGUGUUGUAAUGAUAUAUUUUUCCACAUCUGCAGAGCUGGUGUAGCUUGAGUUUGUAAUCUUUUCCGGAAACACUGUAACAUUAAUGUUAGUUAGUACUAUAUAUCACUCUGUUUCCCCCUUGCCAACCAGAGAUAUAAUGAAAAGGAAUGCUGUAUUUCGAGUUUGAAAUCAUCUAAAAAAUUCUCAAGAAGCAAGAUCUGAAGAUGAUUGAUUUCU